AUGCCAAAAGGGAAAAAAUGGAAUAAACCACUGCUGAAAGAAAGUGAUACUGAUGAGGAAACUGUAAAACAUGAUAAAGAAAUAGAAGGAGAGCAUAAUAUAAAAAUGAAAAUCUUAUCACAACCAUCUACAAUAUAUGAAUUAAAUAAAUCCCCGACAAAUAAUGAGAAGAAUAUAAAAAUAGAAAAUAAAUAUAUGAAUUAUAUAAAACCUCGACUUAAAAAAAAAGAAAACUGUGAAAUUCCCAUAUAUAAUAGUAUUUUAGAUAAUGAGAAUCCAAAAGAGGACAAAGAAUAUUUUUUAAAUGAUAACUCAUUGUUUUGCAGAAAAAAUUGUAAUGAAAAAGAAGCCAAUACAAAAAGUACACAUUUUAAGGAUAGAAUAAAAUGUUUUAAUAAAUAUUUAAAACAUCAUGUUCAUAAAAUAAGUAACGGAGAGAAUACUCAUUAUCUUUUACAAUCCCAUGAAUUACUAAAAAUAGUACAUCAUAUAAAAGAAGAAGAUAUUCCUACAAAUUCAAGUGGACUAGCACAAUAUAGAGACAUAAGACAAUUGCUAUCAAAUAAUGAUAACACACGAUUUGAAAUAUCACCUAAAAGGAACUGUGUAUUAAUAAAUUUACCAUAUAGAAAAUGUAUUAUAUUUAAAAAUUUAUUAUUAUAUAUACCCACAUUUACAAAUAAUCCUAUACCUGAAAUCAUAAAAAAGGAAGAAAAAUCAUGUAAAUCCUUUAUUGAAAAUAGUAAACUUAUAUCUGCAAUUAAAGAUUCAUUGCCUUUUGAAAUAUUAAUUUUGGAGUCUAUAUUUGUUGAUAUAUAUGAGGAAUUAAAAAAUGAAAUUGAACCUGUAAUAUAUGAAACAGAAAAACUAUUCGAUAUAAUAAGUAGCAAUCCAAGCAUAUUUAAAUGUAUAAACAAAUUAACAGACAUGAGAAGAAAAUUAAAAAUAAUUGAUGAAAAGGUACAAAGUGUUUAUAAAGCUAUUCACGAUGUUUUAAGUAAUGAUGACGAUAUAAGAAGAUUAGAAGUUUCUUAUUUUGGAGAUAAACCAGAAAUGUGGGAAAAAUGUGAACUAACACCAUAUAAUGAAGAUACAGAAAUGCUACUUGAAUAUUAUUGUCAUGAAAUCGAAGAAUUUUUAAAAAUAAUUCAUCGAACAAAUGAAUCUUUAGAUGAUGUAUUACAAAUGGUUGAAUUAAAUUUAGAUGAUGCAAGAAAUAAUGUUUUAAAAUUAGAACUAGGACUAAAAAUAUAUGGAAUUAUUAUAGCUGUUGUUGGUACAAUAGCAGGAAUUUUUGGAAUGAAUUUAAAAAAUGGAUUUGAAGGUGAACAAUAUAUUUUUUGGACACUAGCAUUAUUUUUAAUGUUUAUUACAUCAUGUUGUUUAUUUUAUGUUAUUAUAUCUUUUAAAAAAGUUAAUAUUUAA